UGCGCCAACUCCGUAGAGAGGAUGUGGCGAGCUAUGUUGGGACUGAUGCACGGCGCUUAUUCAUAACAACAAUGAUUUUCCCGUUAGAGUAUCAACAUUAACGGAUACUUCGUCUUUGAAGGAUUGGCGACUGUCACAUUACAUGUUUUUGCUGCAGAAGUUUGGACUCGAGGUGAAUAAUUGCAUCGCCAAAAUCAUGGAAAACAAUACAUUUGUCUCUUUACAAAGCAUCAUUGCUAGCGUUACCGACAACAACCACCGGAGUGCGUCUGAUCAUCACUACACAGGAUAGGCCUCUGGAAGGUUACACUUUUUGAAUGUUGGUACCACACAAUUGACUGGAUUGUUUUUACAAGGUGUCCUUUCUUCCUCAUAAAAGAUGUUUUUGUAGAGCAUUGAAACAGUAAAUUGAGCUGCAUGCCAACACCUAAGGCUUGAUUGGCUUGCAGAUGAAGAAAAGCUUGGUGACGCUAUUUCAAGCUAACGCACGUUAGCUAGCUAACGUCACAGCUUACAGUUGCUGGCCAGCUAGCAAACAUUGGACUGAAUUAAGGAUUUAACUGCUCGCAUUUCACGAGGAAUUUUAUGGAAAAUUACAGAGGCCUUGUUUUGGAUAGGGCUUUCGACAAAAUACAACUCGAGUGCUUUUGUUAAAGCAUUUGCUUUCUCGGACUAGCCAGACUUGUCCAGCUAGCCUCUAGCUAGCCUAUUUGUUUGGAUAUAUCGGCUGUUUGCUAACAUCAGUUGUAUGAAUGUGGGGGAAAAUGGAGACUCCGACAAUCGUGUACGAUUUGGAUACCUCCGGUGGUCUAAUGGAGCAAAUCCAGAACCUGGUGUCACCACCGAAAUCGGAGGACAGCGAAAAAAGGAGUCGAAAGCUCGACAGAAGCACAAGGCGGACAGGGCGGGCGAUGAAUCAUGACACCUGCGACAGUUGCAGAGAAGGAGGAGACCUGCUCUGUUGUGACCACUGCCCCGCUGCCUUUCACUUGCUAUGCUGCAAUCCACCUUUGAGUAGGGAGAUGCUCCCACCUGGAGAUUGGAUGUGCCAUCGCUGUGCUGUGCGCAGGAAGAAGCGGGAGCAGAAGAAAGAGCAGAUGAACGGUCUCCUGGAGAAGGAGAAGCAGCUGUCCAAGCGCUCCCAGUCACCAGCGGGGGCAGAGCUGGAACUAGGUACGCUGCGGCUGGACCCCACGGUGAUGGUGGGCGCGCCGGGGCUGCGGGUGGCCGUGGCCCAGGUGCGUCUCCUGGAGCGCAAGCCCAGUAGCCGGCCGGUCACGCCCACGUCCAACGCCUCCUCCACGGACACGCCCACGCCGUCGGAGCAGAACGACAUCGAGGAGGACCUGCUGGACGUCGAGGACGACGCGCAGGGGUUUGAGCCCGAGGGCGUGUCCACACCGGCCAACCUGAAGAGGACCUUUGACCUCCUGGUUGCUGCGGCGACGCAGAGAAACCCUACGCAGUUCCAGCUGCCAGGGGAACUUAACUGCACGACACCGCUCCCAGGAACUAGCAAGAGGCGGAGGAAAGAGGAGAUGACCGGGAAGAACGUGAAGAGGCCCCACCACGAGCUGGACCACCACGGCCUGGUCCCGCUACCUGUCAAAGUGUGCUACACCUGCAACAGGAGUUGCCGUCUGGCGCCGCUGAUUCAGUGUGAUUACUGCCCGCUCCUCUUCCACAUGGACUGUCUGGACCCGCCCCUCACUGCCAUGCCCACGGGCCGGUGGAUGUGCCCCAACCACGUCGAACACCUGGUGUUGAACCAGAGGAAUCUGACGCUCACCAACCGCUGCAAGCUCUUUGACCAGUUCAGAGACCGCAUCUCCCAGCAUGCUAUCAAGCUUGACUUCCUGCAGCGGAUACACCGCCUCGAGCCGCCCAGGCGGAGGGCCCUACGCACACUCAGCAAGAGGAUGGUGAAGGUCCCAGAUGCCAUUAAGUCCCAGUACGAGUGCCCCCCCUCUCUGCUGCCCCCUGCUGGUGUGUGCGAUGGAGAACUCAUCUGCCCCAGCGUCCACAACGCCUCUCGCCAGCACUCGCACCCCCACCAGCACUUAACCAGCGACGCCGACCAGGAGGAGUGGCUUCAAGGGGUCAUUUCGCUACAGUGUAGCAUCGUGAAGCACUUAUCUACCAGGAAACCCCACACCGCGCACUGGAACGCCGUGCUGACCGACGACGCCGCCGACGUCCGGCCCGUCGUGGCGUCCGCGCCACAGGGCGAGAAACCGUGCUCCGUCCACAAGGCAGAUCCCUCAGCAGCAGCAGCAGCAGCAGCAGAGUCCAAACCCUGCAGUACCACGUCUGACCUCCAGGGGGCGUCAGCGGUCAAGUCUGACGGUGCGGUGGAGGUGCAGCGGAGAGCGGCGCAGUGCAGCUCGUGUACGGAGAGGCCUUGCAGGAACUGCGGGACCACAAACGGCCCGGUGGAGCGGGACGAACAGUCCAAUGGGAAACAGCAGCAGCAGCAGCAGCACAAGUCGGACACGCUGAGCCAGACGCAGGAGGACGUCCACCAGCACAAGUGGAGUGACCCCGCGGGCCCAGAUACAGCCCGAUGCCCGCCCCAUGCCACUACCGCCGCCCACGCCCCUGUCCCUGCAGCCAUCUCCACCUCAGCCACCUCCACCAGCGCAGCUACCCUUCCGAACCACACCAGCACCGAGGCCGUGGUCAAGGUGGAGGAGGCCGUCUGCGUGACAUCGCCAGGGAAGGACUCGCCGUCGCCAUCACUGCCGCCUUCGCUCAGCUCCAGCAAAACCGCGUCGUCCAGCGCCGCGUCUCCUUCACUAAGGCCCAACCAGGACGCUGUGGGAUGGCAGACACCAGAGCCGGCCAAUCUGGCGUGGUCUUCGCCCACCGCCGGCACUCGUGCCAUCACGCUUCCAGAGCCCGCGCUGGAAGUCCGCACGCCAAAGCCACCAUCAGAGGGAAAGGUGGGCUUGGAUGCGGGGAUGCCCUGGAGUAGCACGUUGGUGUCUGGGUUUGGCAGCGGAGACGCUGGUGAACUCACCAGCAGUCUCAAGGAGCUGAUGCAGGGUGGAGAUGAUAUUGAGCUGAGUGCGUUGGACGAGAGGCUCGUGAAACUGUUAGCCUGGCAAAGAAUCCAGCAGCUCUUUGAACCCAGCCCACCUCCCCCUGCAAAGUCCACCUUCGUCAGCCCGCCUUCGCCCACCACCACCCCCUCUCUACCAAACCAGAGCAUUAAAGCUCAGUCCUCUUGUAAACAGGUGCAGGCCCGAGCGGUGCUCUACCCUUUAUCAGAUAAAGGGGCCUCUAUAAAAAUGUGCUUCAGAAGUCUGUAUAUUGGAACAGGUGCUGAUAUGGAUGUGUGCCUUACAAACUAUGGUCAUUGUAAUUAUGUGUCAGGGAAGCAUGCCUGCAUAUUUUAUGACGAGAACACCAAGCAAUAUGAGCUUCUGAACUACAGCGAGCACGGUACCACGGUGGACAACGUGCUGUACUCUUGCGACUUCUCGGAGAAGACGCACCCCUCCCCAGCCAGCAGCACGGUGUCCCAAGUGCAGAGCAUUAUCCGCCGCUGUAAGAAGAGGAGGAAGAGUGAGGGGCAGCAGGCGAUGGACAUGGAGGAGUCCGGCGCAGAGAGCGGCAUGAUGAGCCGCCAGUCGCCGGGCGCCUGGAGCGGCUCCUGCGUCUGCAAGGCCAGCGGCUCCAGCCUGAUCGGGGGCAGUGGCGCAGGCUGGGAGGGCACGGCCCUGCUCCACCACGGCAGCUACAUCAAGCUGGGCUGCCAGCAGUUCCUCUUCAGCAUCACAGAGUUCGUCGGCAAGAAGCCCGGCGGCCAGGACGAGAGCGCCACCGCUGCUCCCACCCUCAGCUGCAGUCCCGCUCCCAGCCUGCAGGGGGCGACGGUGGACAUGAAGCCCACUGCUGCUGCUGCUGCACAGCUCCACCAAGUGCCCGUGCUGCUCCACAACACCGUUCCCUAGCCCCACUUUGAGCAUGCUCAGACCACUGGGACUUGUACAGACUUGCGUUUGUUUAACUUAAUGGUUCAUACAUUUUUGCAUGACAUGAAGUAAUUUCUUUGUCCAGCUUUUGUGGGCAAGUUGCACAUUGAGUUUUUUUGUUUCUUUUGUAAAUGAGAAACAGUUAUUUGGAUUUACACUUUGAAAGGGAUCCUUUGGUCGUCCUUAAUACUCUGAGAACCAAUGGAAAGUGAAAGGUUUCCACUUGUUUUUAAAAAAAAAGAAAAGAAAGUGCUCUAUUUUGUGCCAGUUAUGGUAGGUUUUUUAUAACACUUUUUUCAAGAAAUUUUAUUUUCUCUUAUUUUUUUUUAUGUUUUCAGGUAUUGUAUUUGAAUGUGUGUUUUUGUUCAAAUUUUAGUUUUGCUACUUUUGCACAAGUAGCUCUGUGCUAAACUCUGUACACAUGUUUAUAGUUAUAUAUAUAUAUAUAUAUAUAUAUACUGUAUAUGUCUGUAUGUUUUUCCGUUAAACAUUUUUUGUGAAGAUUUAAAUGUCCAUACCCCAUACAUAGAAACUACUCCAUUAUUUUACAAAAUAAGGGAAAAUGUGGGCUCUAUGUACAUAUAUAUUGUUUUGUUUUUGUUUUUUUGUUGUUUUUUUUAUAUGGCGGCAGUGCUACACCUAAGGUUUAGUCGAGCCCUGGACAUGUUCAAGUGGGCUUGUCAAAGUCUGUUAUCACAGUCACAGAGAGAUUUCUGUUGUAAAGAAAUUUCACCUGGAAAAAGACAUACCAAUCUGUGUAUUUACAAUUCAGACUCUUUUUGUCUAUUGAACAUUGUAAAUAACUAAAGAUGACUUUAAAUAAGAACUCUUAGAAAACA